AUGUGUUGGCUUAUGAAGACUGGGUCGAUAAACCGCUGCGUAAAGUGUGCUUCUUUGAGCGCUCGGACAGCUCAAAACCCGAAAAACCCCAUAGAGCAGCGAAACAGUUCACCGACAGACGCAACCAAACCCGUUGGCUCCCGAUGAGGGUGGAGAGGGCAGAGCUGGCGAAACUGAUUGGUUUUCGAUUUUAACGAAGAGCCGCCUUAUUUGACUCAGAACAGACUCAGCUUUUUCCCAGGAGAGAAAAGCAAGUUUGUGUGCGAGAACGCUGUCACGGGUGGUGGGGGGACUGACUGGGUGGACACUGGUGCACGGAGGGGGUGGUGUUUGUUUGGUAGGGGGGGUAACAAUCUGCGCGAACCUGGCCCUUUAAAUUACCUCCACAAUCACUGUAGACGAGACAAGCAAAGUUGCCUGCAGGUCCCUGAGCCAGCUUCAGUCUCCAGCCUCUCCGUCAUCCAGAAUUUUCUUCUUUUAUUCGGCACAAUAACCGAUGGCAGAGAAUGUCGACGACUAAUAACAUAGCCCAGGCCAGGAAGUUGGUGGAGCAGCUGAGGAUCGAGGCAGGCUUCGAACGUAUUAAGGUGUCUAAGGCUGCUGCAGACCUCAUGAGUUACUGUGAGCAGCAUGCCCGCAGUGACCCUCUUCUGGUGGGGGUUCCCACCUCAGAGAAUCCUUUCAAAGACAAGAAGCCUUGCAUCAUUCUAUAGCUACUUUGUCUAGGCCAGCUAUCCCAAUCCCUCUUUAACCGCUGCCCAUCCCCAGUCAAUGGGCAAUUCAGUCCAACACUUCUUUUUACCUGGGAUCCACAGUAUUCUCCAGAAAAUAAAUGCCACACUCUCUCGGUAAAUAUAAAAAGGGGCAAUAUCUGAACAGCUAGCGUCAUGUAGCCCGGCUUUGAGUGAAUCUAUAUGAAUAAAUCUGCACAGCACGCCUGUCUAAAUUCAUGCAUAUAGAUGUACUUAACAGGAGGUGGCAGAUUUCAAAUUUGUAAACUAUUUCAAAAGAUUACACAGAGACUGAGAGAUACUCCAGCAUGUUUUUCAGUGCAGCGGCUGACCUUGUUACCAUAGGUGAUGGUGGAGAGUAGAGGAAGACAGUCAUGAUUAUGCUGACUGACUAGCUGGCUAGCCCAGUCACACUGUGGUAAACGCUUGAUCAGUAUUAACCCUGCAUUGUUACUUCGAAUCUGCAAGCUAAAGGUUCAUUCUAGAUUUGUAUGGCCAAAAUUGAAUCCAGGUAUGCUUACCUUUAUCAAAACAGCACAUUUCAUGUUUUACAAAGGGAUUCAAGACAUUAACCAGAGUUGCCAAUAUUUUUACUUUUUUUUUCUCAGUCCGUUUGUGAGCUGUUUUUUUCUUUCUUUUCAUCAUUAAAAACUCAUUAGGCUUAAUGCUUUGUUUUUUCCCCCCUAUUGUUUAUACUAUAUUUCAGAAUCCUCAAACACUAAGUUAUAAAGGAAUAAUUUUAUAUAAUGCAGAAAAUAUAUUUACCUAAUAAUAUCCUUCCCAGUCCUCUCCGAAAGUGCAGUUCAGUAUAAAAAUUUAGCCCUGUUAUCUGAGAGAUUAAUUUUAAAUGAAUAAACAACAUUUGUGGUAUUUGGUAUCAAAUAUAUCAAAUCAUAAUGAAUAUUUAUGAUCCUAAAAGCAGAGGCUUAGACAUGCCUCGUAAAAUUGAGUCAUUUUGAAUUCGAAGCCCUUGAUAAGGACAAUUUUUUUUUUUUUUCUCUAAAGCCAAACUUGAUUGUAAAAUCCAUACAGAAGGAAAAAACAUGUAUAAACUUUCUUUUGGAUAUGUUCAGAGGUGUUAACUUUGAGAAUAGCUGUUUGGAUUUGUUUGUUCCAAUUUCUUCUUUCUAUGGAAACAUGGAUUCUGGUCAUUGAGUAUGAUACUGUACAGUGUUUGAUAACUAAAGCGCAUUAAUUUUUUUUGUGGAUGUUUUAUCUUUUUGUAAUCUUUGUGUAACAUUUCCGUUUCUUCCAUCAUUUAUAUUUAACCAUUCAGUUUGUCCUCUUUAAGACGAGGCAAAAGAUGCGAGCGAAGGAAUUGAUGGAUGGCUCCAGUGCUUGUACAUGUGAUAGUGAAUAGGGAAUGUGGAAUGGAUUGUUGACACAAUGCCCACGCAAGGUGCGUAAAGGUGUUGUUCGAGGCACGUUUCAUGAGGUGGUCUGUGUUGUUAAGUCUAUCUAAGGGCAGGAUGUGCAACAGGCCAUCGGGUUUGGCUCAGCCUGAGCAGUCACAUGCAAAAGAUGAGGGGCAAGGUCAACCCACAACUCUGAAUGUCUAAUGUGCACCCACCACAUGAUGCACAAUCUUUUGGAGUGACGGUUUUCAAAGGUCACUCAAACAGUCACUCGCAGUAUUCAGCUAAGUGCUAAAAACAGAAUUCCCCCAUUGCCCCGCUUCAAAUGCUGGAAAAUAACAACACAGUGCAGGAAAUAGGGGCUCGUAGUGGGACAGAGGGGGCCUGUGCUCCUCGCGGCCAACGGGAUACUGUCAUCAGCUCCUGUAUUAAGAAUGACUAAGGCGUGUGGAGGUCACGAGUGCUGUGACUCAUCUAGUGAGCAACAGAAUCACGCUGCUGCCCAUCAGUGGACAGGGCUGCUUCAGCGACAUCACUUCCUGUUAAGCCUGAGCAGAGCAGUAUAGUGGCUUAAUGCAUUUCAAAGUAACUAGAGAAAAACAGACACUUAAGGAGAUAAAGAACCAUAUUAUAUAAAGAUGAAGGAUUAUAAUUGAAUCAAUUCAAGUGUUACAAUAGAUACUUUUAGAUUUUUCCAUCACUGACGAUGUUAUUGCAAAAGAAGAGUCACUUAGUAGUCCACAUUAGGAUGAAGCCUUUCUGGACACGUGCGAAGUGCUCAAAUGUGCCAAGCUAGUGCUAAAAUAAAUCUAGCACUGCAAAAGUUUUUUGACCAGCCACCAGCCAAACUUGCUGUACCACGUUUGAUGGUGUUACACUGGAG